UGCAGACUGGCUGCUCAUGUUCAGGAAGAAACCAAGUAGCCACGGUUCUCGCCGUUUUUCUGCAUCUUUGGCUCAUUUGGUUUGCUAAGAUGUCACUGUCCCGCAAAUGUCUCUUCCCUGGAUGCAAAAAUACACAGAGGAGCUCUGCCACGUUAUUUAAAAUACCCAAAGAGGAGGAAAUGAAGGGUAAGUGGUUAGAUUUUGUGAGGAGCCAUGUUGACGGAGAGCUGCGGAUCACUACCAACACUCGACUCUGCAGUGACCACUUCACACCAGACUGCUUCGACAACUUCCAACGGAGGCAGCUGGGAUUCACGGACAGUCCGUUAUUACUGUUGCCCGGGGCGGUGCCGACUAUCUCCCUACCUUCACAUCAUCCUUCCGGUCCCGACAGUCACCCCCAUGUCUCACCGACAUCAUGUCCGCCAUUGCCUCAAUCUCAACCACCAACAAGAGAGACACUAAGCCAGCCUCGCAGCAUCCAGAAAGCCACCUGCGAAGUUGGAUGUCAGACGGACCGCAUCCCAGGGAAAAGAUCCGUGGCCACACAGCUGUCUAAGUUGACAUUAACCAACUAUAGAAGUGCAGGAUGCCAAGCCAAUGUGGCCACAAGGAGUAUUGCUGUGGGCAAUAUCAUAACUCCGUCUCCUUCACUGUCUUCAACUUCCGUAAAGCGGAAAGCAGUAUCUGAUGUACCUGAUGACCGACCAGCAAAGCAUCCUCUCUUGGAAUUGCCAUCUUUUCCAGAAUCUGUAACCACUACCAUCUUAGUAGAUCCUGAUGACCCCACACAACUCCCCAGUAUGUCUGAAUUGGAGAAGACUGCCAGUGAACAAGCACCAACCAAGCCACCGCAAGACAUGGUGAAGUACUUGGUGUAUGAAGAUUGCCUGUUGGAGCUUUUUAAAAGCUGCCCCAUAUGCUCAAGUGUUUGCACAGUACAGUCAUACACAAAAGGGACAUUCAUUUCUGUGACACAGAAGUGUCUCUACCCGACAUGUCUAUACACCAGGCAGUGGAAGAGUCAACCACUUCUGGGCAGCACUCCAGCAGGAAACCUGCACCUGUCAGCUGCCGUCGUCUACACAGGAUCUUCUUUUGUUCAAACCAAAAGGGUGCUCAAUUCUAUGCAUCUGAGAACAUUCUCCAGAAAGAUGCAUCAAAAUCAUGUGGACAACUACAUUCUGCCAUCCGUGCUGCAUAGAUGGCGUUCACAUCAAACCAGUCUACUUCAAGAACUGAAACAGGGGCCAACUGUAACUCUUGGUGGUGACAUUAGGGCCAACAUCCCAGGCCGUUGCUCAAAGUAUGGCUCAUACUCCAUGAUGGAUCUGAACUCAAACAAAGUUGUUGAUAUCCAACUCGUACAGAGCAAUGAAGUGGGAAGCAGUGUCCACAUGGAAAAGGAAGGGCUGAUCCGGAGUCUGGAAUUACUUGAAAGAUCUGGUGUGAAUGUGACUUCACUGGUGACGGACAGACGCACUUGGGUUGAACAAUUAAUCCAGGAGCAGAAACCAGACAUUGACCACUUUUAUGACGUGUGGCGUUUAUGUAAAGCCAUAAGCAAGAAGGUGGAUGCCAUUUCCAAGGAGAAAGACUGCCACAUGGUCAAAUCAUGGCAAAAGAGCAUUGAGAAUCAUCUCUAUUGGUCAGCAUCCAGUUCAUCCAGUGAAGAGGAAACUGUGGCAAAGUGGACAUCUCUACUCAACCACAUGCAGAAUGUGCACAUUCACAAAAAUCCACUCUUCCCUAAGUGUCUCCACCCACCUUCCACUCACAAAAGGAAGUGGCUGAAGCCUGCAACAAAGCCUACCUACAAGCUGAAGAAGGUGCUGAUGAACAAGCAUGUUCUUAGCUGUGUGAAAAGGCUGAGCCCUCUCUACCAAACUCCUGUCUUAAAGGGGUUCCGCAGCAUGAUUCCAAGAUUCGCACCAAAAAGUGUGGCCUUCUCAUACUUAGAAAUGCUCUGCAGGCUUUACCUUGCUGCAUUGCAUUUCAACGAAAAUUCAAUUCUAACCCAAGCAAAUACUGCAGCUGGAGAGGACAUGGUUCAGGACAAGGACAAGAAAAAAGAUCAUGCGUCCACAGAAUAUGUUGCAGAGCUCAUGAACCUCCUUUUUAACGAGGUCAUACACAACCCUGUACCAUUUGUGGCUGAGCUGAAAGAAGUGGCUUUCCCUGGAUUACUGUGCUCACAGUUUGUGCAAUCUGAGACGACAGAGGCUGUUGCAGGCCACGUGUCGACUUUCGGCUGCUCAGAUGAUGACUUGACGCCCACCUAAACCCACAAUCCUUUUCCUCAACAGCAGCUGUCCACCAACAUAGCAGGAACCCAAAAGAUGACAGACGGAUGACAGUUGGAGUGAUCAACAUGCAGUCCACCUCAAACAAUUCUGUCUGAAUGGAAGAACCAGGACAUGGAUCUUUUUCACAUUCGUUUAAUAUUCAUUCAAGUGAACCAAGUGGCUCCUUGGGUGUGGAGAACUCUCCCCCCAAAUAUUUUAACUUGUUUAAUAUUUAAAUAAUGUUUAGUGUUGAAAUAAAAACAA